AUGGAGGCCUUCGCGAAAUCUCGCAUCUCCAGGCGAGCUGUAGUCUUUGUUCUUACUGUUGUUUUGCUUGUCAACUUUUAUCUUUUUUGGUAUGGCUGGCCAAGCAAUUUGAAUCCCGGCUUGGAGAGCCAUUCGGAACCACAGGCUUCGCCCUCGGAAUCUUCAAUUGAGGAGAUUUGGACAAAUUCAACCGCUAAUGGAUCCGACUUGACAAUUUCUGUACCGGAAUAUCACGCGCCAAAUUCAACACCUCUCGCCGAUCGCCAGGCGGACUUCAUACAGCAUCUUUUCAAACAACUCAACGAGAACAACCCGCAAUGUCGCAAUGUACGCGUAGAUGAAGACACUGGAGGCAUUGAGUUUGAUGCCGUGAAUGAUACCCCUCGACCAAAUUACAUCGUGCGUGAAGAUGAGAUGCGAGAGCCGCUCGCCAAGGCCCACCGGGAUUUCGUGGCUGCCAUUCAGGAUUUCGACGUCUCUAAGCUACCCUACAACAGCGGCACUCGAGGAAUCAUUUCAUCUGCUGGUGGCGAUUACUUCCCCACCUUCGUCACAUCUUUACGAAUGAUCCGCCGAACGGGCUGCACAUUACCCGUCGAGGUUUUUCUCAUCGAUUGGUCUGAAUUCGAACCUUACAUUUGCGAGGUGGUCCUGCCAAAACUCAAUGCAAAAUGUAUUGUUCUGGCAGAAAUGAUAGAAAAGGCACAUUUCCCAAAGAAAAACAUACCACAGUUGAAGGGCUACCAGAUUAAGCCAUUUGCAAUGUUGCUUUCAUCAUUCGAAACCUUCAUUUGGAUGGAUUCGGACUGUGUUCCACUUCACGAACCGGGGACUCUUUUGGAUUCUGAACCCUUCACAUCAACUGGCCUCGUCACCUGGCCGGACUACUGGGCCAACACAGUUGCGCCUCUGUAUUUCAAUAUCAGUCUUCAGCCUGAACCUCCUAUGACAGCGAGACAAUCCACCGAGUCGGGGAUAAUGCUGGUUUCUAAACAACAACAUUUCUUAACACUUUCCCUAUCAACAUACUACAACUAUUAUGGUCCGGAUUACUACUGGGCUCUACUGGGUCAGGGAGCAUAUGGCCAGGGAGACAAGGACACAUUUAUCCAGGCAGCCGCCGCUGUCAAUGCGCCAUUCUACGCUGUCAGCGAGCCCGUGGCGACCGUGGAGCGACCUGUCCGUACUGGAAAAAUGGGCUUCGCCGCCAUGGUGCAAACAGACCCUGUCCAAGACUACAACCUCACAAGCCAAGGCCUAUGGAGAGUCAAGAAUUCUUCCGUGGCACCGGCGCCAAGAGCCUUCUUCGUGCAUGCCUCCAAUCCCAAGUUCAAUGCCGCAGGAAACAUCCUAGAAGAAUCUUCGAGAAAGGAUGGCAAACCUGGUCGACUAUGGGCAUGGCCUGAAGAUGUGACUAGACGAUUUGGCUACGAUGCCGAAAGAGCUUACUGGGAUGAGCUCAAGACUGUGACUUGCACUCUGGAACACGCGUUCUUCUCGUGGCAGCAGAAAUCUGGACUUUGUGAGGGUGUCCAACGCAUUUGGGAGAUCGCCAUCAACAAUCCCGAUGCCCCCAUACCCGGAUUUACGGGUGAAGCCCCCGUUGAUUUCAAUACUAGUACCUACGCCUCGAUCUUGACGUCAGUCUUGAACAAAGACGAGCAGUUGUCAUCUCACCAUCUUCCUGGAUUCAAACGGGAUCUGGGUUUGUAA